AAUCCUCUGAAUCCAAAAAAUCAAUGACAUUUUUUUCCAGUUUGAAAUCUUUGAAAGCAAUGACUAUGUUGCCGCAGUGAGUCAACACCAUUGUACCAAGGAAGAAAAAAGCACACAAUAUUCUGGCAUAACAAUCCUUUUCUUACUUGUUGUUGACGUGGCCGUGGAUAAUAAUCACCUGCAGACGGUGUGGGGUUGCGAUAGAACUUGUUCAAACACCAUCUUCCGGCAGACUAGGCUUUGGCGUCUGAGGUCGUGAUGUCCUUGGCAGAGACGAACACUCGAAUCGAGCGUAUUGAAGCCAUCGAGAAGGAGAUAUCCUUGGCGUUGGAGUCGGCCGGAAUGGCCGUGACGGAGCUCGCAAAGGAGACGUCGUCGCAAACAAUGGCCAAUGCGUAUGCCACCAAUUUUCUCCAGCAUCUGCAGAGGGUUGAGACUGGCCUGUCCGAGCAGAUUGCCUACCUUGGACAAGUGUCCUCGAGCAGUGUGUGCGGCAACACGCCCCGCCUUGCAGAGCUUAAAGUAGCGCACACCAGUCAGUGUGCGCGCGACGCCCAUCGCCUUCUGGAAGAACGGCUGGCGGCGGCCAGUGGCAAAGUAACGCGGUACAGCUGUGAAGAGGGUGUGCAGCGUGGUGCCGCAACUGCUGCUGCUGCUGGACAAUCUGCCGGAGAAGGAGGUGGUGCAAGCGCUCCAGUGAGAACAAUAGCGACAAUAACAGUAGCCAAGGGCGAAACUCUAAUGGACGUACUAUAGGCCCAGUUGCUGAACAAAUGUCCGUACAUGCGCUUGGAGCGGCGGAAGCGUCGAUGCUCACUGUGACCGAGAGAGAGAGAGAGAGAGAGAGAGAGAGAGAGAGAGAGUGCAUGCGUCACACAGCAACGUGACACGGUGCGUGUGCGAGUGUGCAUGUCCCACCACUGCUGGCCGCAAUGCCGCCUCCUGGAGCGCUCCUGUUCCAUCUCCGGUGUGUUGUUCUUGUUGUGGACAGUUCGAAGCGUGGCUGUAGCAGCCUUGGCCCAAUACCGUGGUGUUGUGAAUGCGUGCGCGGACCGGAGACGCUCCCGACACUGCUGCGUUGUAGGACAACUAGAGUUUUGUGAACGCCUCUUCUGCUACCAGGGCUGGGCUGGAACACACUCGUGUCGGCGGGCGGGCGUGAACCGUGAAGUUACUUUACGUCCAGUCACUGCAUCUGUUGAGAUGGCGCAACCGCUAGCAUGUGUGUUGCAGGCGGUGAUAGUAACUGUGGCCGGCGAUUGAAUCUCCGGCCGGGCGUGCCACUCCAGUUCGCUGCUACUAUGUGUGCUGCAGGCGGUAGUGGUAACUGCGGCCGGCGAUGGAAUGCACCGGCGUGCCAUCACAGCUCAGUGUCCGCCGCCGCGGUGGCAGUACUCUGCACUACCCUGCACUACUCUGCACUACUCUGCAUUCACCUCGACUGCCAGCCUCGGCAGCAAUACCAUCGCCAACUGCCAUGCGGCGCUUUGCUUUCAACACUGAAUUGCUGGUCAGCCGUGGCCACUCAAUCUCAUACAGGAUGUCGACAUCGGAACUCUCCACGCAAGCUUUCAGCGUGUCACUAUUCACCCGCUGGAGUUGCACGGCCGCAGAGUCACUCACCAUGGAACAGCAUAUCUAGAGCUACUGGAAUGUCUGUCUGGGUUUUUCCUGGUAUCUUGCACGUACACCGUAUGCCCUGCCUGGCAAUAGCUACUCUCUGUGCCGUUCCUCUUUCCACUGAACACACAGUCCAUCAGCUACUACAAACUCUCCUAUUGAUUUAGUUGAGAGCGUAACACUGACCCGCUCCUGGCCUGGACUAGCCAUUACAGUCGCAACAAAACAACAUUGACGAUCUUGCUGCCCUAGCUUCUGCAGUCACACCCACAUUGACAGUCAGGCUGUCGUUAGCCAUUGCAGUUAGCCGGGGCUGCUGUUGUUGCUCCACGCACACAUGAUUGUUUGCUUGCUUCUGACAUGACUGACCUUUACCACCUCCCUCCUAUCUCUUCUGUUGACCUGCUACAUGCAGUAACCAUUGGUAAUUUUGUCUUUGAAGUUUGUCCUGCUCCCCUAUAAGUGCAUGUUAGAUGUAUGUGUCUGAACACGAGCAGGCAGUGACAGGUGGCUGGCCCGCUUCUCCCCUGAUUUAUCUUGAUUUUCCCCUGCAGAAACUCAUUUCUAUUUACUUCAAAGUAG